AUGGCGGAAUUACAAAAAUUCGUAGAUUUAACGGUUGAAAUCAUCACUUCGGAUGGACGUGUCAUAGUGGGAUUGCUAAAGGGAUUCGAUCAAACGAUAAACGUGAUCCUCUCAAAUUGCCAUGAACGGGUCUAUUCCGAAAAUGAAGGAGUGGAAAAGAUGAGUCUUGGGUUGUACAUAAUACGAGGGGAUAAUAUAGUUCUAAUCGGUGAACUUGAUCAAGAACGAGACGCAUCAAUAAAUCUAUCCGAGAUCAGGGCUGCGCCUAUUAAUGACAUUACCAGACGUUGA